GCUCCGGGGAGCGCGGUGAUCGGCAGUGCGCUGUGUCCCUCGGACAUAGCGGAUCACCAAUCAACGGAAAGAGACGAAGAUGUCGGCUCCGUCAUGUGAUCAGCUGUGUCCAAUCACAGCUGAUCACAUGUACACAGAUCAUCAGAGCACUGAUGAUCAGUGUGCCCUGAUGAUCUGUGUAGCCCCAGCAGCGCUACCUGUCAGUGUCCAUCAGUGCCAGCUCUCAGUGCUCAUCCAUGCCACCUUCCAGUGCCCAUCAGUGCCACAUUUCAGUGCCACAUCAAUGCCACAUAUCAGUGCCCAUCUGAGCUGCCUUUCAGUGUCACCCAUCAGUGCCAGUCAGUGCCACCUAUCAGUGCUGCCAAUCAGUGCCACCUAUCAGUGCCAGUUAGUGCCGCCUAUCAGUGUGCAUCAGUGCCGCCUAUCAGUGCCCAUCAGUGCUGCCUAUCAGUGCCACCUAACAGUGCCAGUCAGUGCCACCUAACAGUGCCAGUCAGUGCCGCCUAUCAGUGCC